GCCCGGGUCAACGAAGCGGCGCGCCGCAUGCUUUUGGCGGCUGCUUUCUCGUCUGGCUGGUAGCUUAACCUAGGUUAUUGCUAUUGCUCUACUUCUUGAGCUCUUUUGCCGAGUUGUCGUGAUCAUUUGGCCCUCUUUCCCCCCUUUAAUACCUCAUUGAAUCUUCAUUCUCUUCCGUUCAAUUGAACCUGUCUGCAAACACAACACGAUAAUCCACCCUACACCGUGAUACCCCCUCCCCUUCCUCUACUACAACUCAAAUACCUACACAACAAUGGCGUCUCGUAUCGCUCUGUCAGCUCGUCCUUUUGCCCGCGGCGCUUUCGUCGUCGGUAGACAGACUGCUUCCCUCGGUCGUGGCUUCAGCAUCUCCACGACGAGAACGCAGGGCUUGAAGGAGUCUUCUGGACACACCGACAGCGAGACGCACGAGAAGCACAAGCAGGACUCCCUCUCCAAGCAGAAGCAGGGCAAGGGCCACUGGAAGCCCGAGCUCGCCUCCGACAGCGAGGAGGCCAUCAAGGCGGAUCGCGACGAGCACAUCGACCCCAAGAAGUUGCAGGAGAAGACUGCUGGCAAGGCUUCAUGAGGGAUGAUUGUUCGCACACGUCUCGCGGCACCUAGCCUCGCCCCAUCUUUACCUUCAACGACGCAUGAGGAGGUUAGAGGGAGAAUGAAGCAGAUCACAGUAUGCCGUACAGCCUUGAUGAGCAGACACAUACAAAACAGAUGCAUGGGUUCUGCGGGAGUUUGUUCUAGGGCACCUUGGGAUCGGGAUUGGCUGUUGAGAAAAAUGUACGCGGGCUGCGUUUGGGAGAGGAUUUGAGGGGUUUUGCAAUGUAAUCGUAUUAGCAUCGUAUUGGGACUCUAAUUGAUUCUUGUCCACGUUUAUG